AUGCCUACCACCAAGCGCUGCGGCACCGAAACCGCCGGUAACAAAGCCAUCGGCGGCGUCCCAAGAAUCCAUUACUUCGAUUUUCAGUCCCGAGGCCGGGGCCAGGUUAUUCGCCUCAUGUGGGAAGAUGCCGGCAUCGCCUACGAUGACACGCGCUACAGCUUUGAAGAAUACCCUGAUUACAAGAAGACUCGCAUUAUGGAGAUGAACCCGACGACCAAAAUCCCCGUCGUUGAGUUGAAUGGGAGAAUCCUGACGCAGAGCUAUGCCAUCCUCAGGCAUUUUGCUAGAAAGCUGGGGCACUAUGAUGGGGAGACCGAAGAAGAAAAGUACUGGGCUGAUGCUAUGUGCGAUAUCGUCAUCGACUGGCGCUUCGUCUUCAUCCAAGCUUUCUUUGCGGACAACAUGGAAGAGACCUAUCCUGAGCAUCAAAAGACCGCUCGACCGAGAUUCCUGAAAGCUUUGGAGACGCAUCUGAAGACACAUGAUCUAUCCACAUCCGGGCCGUAUAUCAUUGGUAAAAACAUCACAUAUGCGGAUAUGGUGCUCUACCAGAUCUGCCACGAUGAGAAUUUGACACAGGAGGGGAGAAAGGGGCUGAAGGAUUACCCUAGGUUGGCGGAGCUGGUGGAUGCAGUGGAGGCGAGGCCAAAGGUCAAGGCCUUUUUGCAGAGUGAUAGUUCCAUGAUCAAGCGAAGCAAGAAAAACAUUUGUCCAUGGUUCAACUUUAUCAAUCGAUGGAUCGUCACUGGCGUGGCAGAUUUCAAUGCUUUAGCACACCGGAAGCGCUCCCUAGCAAGUGCAGAGGGUGGUAAUUAUAACAUCGGUCUCAGUCAUGUGAAAGGCGGAGUAGUGACUCGGUUUCCACCAGAGCCGUCGGGCUUCCUCCGCGUUGGUCAUGCAAAAGCCGCCUUGCUCAAUGAUUUCCUCGCGCAUGGGAAAGGCAAUUGGAACCUGAUCUGCCCUUUCGAUGUUACCAACUCAUCAGAAGAAUCACAGAAGUUCGAGGAUUCUAUUGUUGAUGAUUUAUAG